AUGCCUUCCCACGCAGCCUCUACAGGCGGAGCCGCUGAUAUGGCCACCUCGAACUUUGUCUCUGGUCUCACCUCUCCUCUUGUCAAUGACAUUUCCGCGCUCAAGAUUGACAACUUUGUCGCUACUCGUCAAGGACAUCCUCCCCCCGGCUCCCUCCCUGACUCUAUCCUGCCAGAGGGAGUGGAAAAGCCUGCAUUGUUCAGGACGAUCACCCUUCCUUUUGCCAGCCCUGAAGAUGGCGGGAAGCAGACGUACAAGAACAGGGUGAUUGUUUCACCCAUGUGUCAGUACAGCGCUAAAGAUGGUCUGCCUACGCCCUACCAUAUUGCUCAUCUUGGAUCAUUUGCGUUGCAUGGUGUCGGGAAUGUGAUGGUGGAAGCAAGUGGCGUUGUGCCUGAGGGUAGGAUUACUCCGCAAGACUUGGGGAUUUGGUCAGAGAAGCAUAGGGAUGCACACAAGGCAUUGGUUUCGGUGUUGAAGAGCUUUACUGAUGGGUUGGGGGUAGGGUUGCAGCUUGCUCAUGCGGGGAGGAAGGCUUCUGAUUGGUCGUCCUUUUCCAGGGGCGAGAAGAAAGAAGCUAGGUAUGUGACAAAGGGAGAAGGUGGUUGGCCGGAAGACGUUGUUGCUCCCUCUGCUAUACCCUACAAUGAUGGUUAUAUCACACCUCGAGCCCUCACCACUGAGGAAGUGAAGGGAUUGGAAGACAGGUUUGUGCAGGCGGCACGAUGGGCCUUCGAAGCAGGCUACGAUUAUGUCGAGCUACACGGUGCUCAUGGGUAUCUUAUGCAUUCUUUCCUUAGUCCUCUGACUAACCAUCGUACGGAUGAGUACGGUGGAAGUUUGGAGAACCGUGCGAGGUUUAUGCUCAACGUUGCACGUCGCGUUCGUUCCGAGUUCCCGAACAAGGGUGUUUGGGUGAGAGUUAGCUCCACAGACUGGGCUGAAAACGCAGGGAAGGGUGAGAGCUGGACGGUGGAUCAGACUGUUCAACUCGCACUUUGGUUGCAGGAGGCAAAGGUGGAUUUAAUCGAUGUUAGCUCUGGUGGUCUGGUGCCUUUCCAGAAGAUUACUCCGGGGGCUGGGUACCAGCUUUUCGGCGCCAGGGCGGUGCGCGAGGCGCUGGUGAAGAGUGUAGGAGAGGAGAACGAGGGGAAGAGAAUGUUGGUCGGAGCCGUGGGAAUGAUGGAAGGUUCGAACGAAAGUCCUGAUGGUCGGGAUAGGUCUCAGGUGGGUAAGCUUGCAGAGCAGAGUAUUAGAGGUGGUGACUGUGAUGCUGUCCUGUUGGCGAGAGGUUUGAUGUCCUAUCCGAGCUGGACAGAGGAUGCGGCAGUUGCAUUGACUGGGACCAGGGUUGCUGGUAAUCCACAGUAUCACCGUGUUCACCCUGCCAAGAAGGCUUGA